GCUUACGGUGAAUGGAAAAGGGAAGUUCUAUUUGAGAGCAAUUGUAUCUUCUCUAGCUCAAGGAAGCUGUGGUUUCUCAAGACUUCGAAAAUAUUAUCGCAGUAAAUUAUCAUGGCGACUCUGUUUCUUCUUGUGGCUAUAUUUCAGCUGUUAAUUCUACGGAAGGCUUUAAUUGUCGAAGGUAAGUACUUGGGUACGUGCAUUUAGAGCGAAAAAAGAUCGCAAAGCUUAUCAGGUGUUUGCGAGAAAAACAACUUGAUUGUAGUCAGAGGGGCCGGUAAAGAUUCGGUGGUUGUUUGAUAUUAUUUGGUGACACACUCAACACAUUUAGAUAGCGUUGGGAAAUUUAUAGAGUAGAGCUUCUUGUAUCAUCUGUAACUAGAAAAUGACUUCGCUCUCGCAACACUACAAAUCUCAUUCAGGUACUGUGCCCAAUAGAAAGCCUGCCAAACUCGAUCUAAAAGCUCGCAUUCAUUUGUGAACUCAGUCCAUUUUUCCCGGUUUGAUUGGGUCUUGAGGAUUUCCUUUCUCCUGAGGAUUGAAAGACACUAUUAUAUAUUAGCCCUCAACUAGGAAAAUGGAAAGAUUUCCGCUAUAUGAGAAGAUUCGUACUUCGAGAUAGAAAUUACACAUUCAUUUGAAAAGAACGUUUGUUUACAUGAGUUACUGAUGUCGUUCAGGACAUACGUGUUGCCAUUGACGAUCUGUUUUUCAUCUUGAUUUGAUAUGUAUUUGUAUGGCAGUUAUCGACGCAAUUAUAGAUCAAAACUUCUUCAGAUAAAAGGGCGGGCUAAGGUUUGACUAUUCAAGAAAUGAAAUGAAAAACAUUGAGGGUCCCUGGAGUAAAUUACUGAUUGGCAACAUUCCUCUUUGAGCAUUGUCUUAUCGAAAUAUUUUUUUUUUCAGUCUCCGGGAACCCAAGAAACGAAGAAAUCGAAUUUUUUAUAUUGAUUUUUAAUUUAAUGAUGCGCGUAAUUCUUUCAAAUUUUUCUCAGCCGUUCUUAUUUUUUUAAUGAUUCGCUUAGCCAAGCAAAACACUCGUUAUAUUUAGAUAUAUUGAAUGAGUUGUCCACGACUUAACGAAUACAUAAUAUGAGAACCGAAAAGUUGGGAAUGUAAUUUCUUGAUUUAGAGUAUGUGUAUAAGGUUGAACGUAAAAACAUUAUUACUAUUGUGUGCACAUGGGUUUGUUGAAGUUUUGUGAAAAUGUAGAACAGAGUGAUCUGAGGUUCGAUCCUACUUUUGCAAAUAAUUACAUAGUAAUGAUUAGAUUAACAGUUACCCGUUUGUCUGUUUAUCCCUUAGUUUAUUGGAAGUAUUAACUAUGUUAUUUAGACCACUUGAGCUGUGUGCAGACUGUACUUUACAGUCAGCACUUUGUAUUGAAAUGAAGGAAAUGUUUGUCAGUCUGAUUGUCAUGACAUCUCAUUAUGGUUCCACUUCAGUGUUAAAAUGAUACUAACUCAUAGCUAAACAAUGUUAUUAUCAUUUUGAAACAAUCUUGUUGCAGGCAACAAUUCAUCAGUGUGGUUUAGCAAUGCAACAAGUCCUACUUCAAGUAAUGGAAUAGAUAAUAAGCCAAUGUCACCAAAUACAACCAGCAACUCCACCAGUACAGUUGUGUCAAAAUCUACCUCAAAACCGACUACUCAUACCUCAAUGACCUUAACAUCAGGGCCUGGAGUUAUUAAAGGAAGUAUGAAGUCUGGAUUGAGUUCUGCAUCAUCCACAGAGAAUAAUGCUGUUCAGAUGCCAGGGAAAACUAUAAGUACUAAACCAGUUGUUAGUGACCCAUCAGCCACCAAAGAAAGUGAUGAUGAAGGUGAUAAAUAUAGAAAUAGAAAAUAAAAGAUGUAUAAAUGGCAUUUAGAAAAAGGUUAAGUCUAUAGUGACAACUUUAAAAGCCUAUUCAAGUGAAGUGAGAUGCUGAUGUGCAUUGUCUUAACUUGUCUGUUGUGGCUUCCAUUUCAGUAAAGCCCAAAUUAAAAGUUACACAUCUGGUUAACAGUUAUUAUACUUAUAACAAAGGUUAUCUGUCUGUUGUGGGUACAAACAAAAUUAUCUCAUUACAUGUAAAUUAGUCUUUCAAUCAUCGUCUUCAAUAUGCAUCAAUUCUGAAUUUGGACCUCUAAUGACUAAGUAAACCUGAUGUUGGUGGUCAAGUUACUACAUCAAAACAUAUUUUAAAUUGGUUAAUUGUUUAGUUGGUAUUUUAUAAUUUUAAUGGGACUCCAUGAUUUUGUAACAAAAUAUUGGUAUGUUCUAUGUGCUCCACCCAGUAAUUACAUCCUUAUACCACCCAUGCAAUCCUGUUAUCUACUUCCUCCAUUAUCUUUGUUUUUCCUCUUUGGCUGGUCAUGUUAGGGUAUUGUUACAGCAAAUGACUGUGAUACUUUUUAAAAGUUCUUAAUGUGUUAUUCAAUUAAAUCCUAUUCAAUUUAAAUAUCUUGUUACAGGUGGAGUUCCAUAUUGGGUCUACAUUCUCAUAGCUUUUGGAGUGAUCUUUGUCAUCACUAUUGUAGUGUGUGUCAUUUAUGCACGGCUGGAAAGGUGGUGAGUGUGGUUGUUACAUCUGUAUGGCUUUUUAUUAAAAUUAAUGAUAGUAAGUUGCCUGACUCUGUGUCUAUUUUGCAGCAUUAGGUUAGCUCCUCUUAAUGCUUGUUCUAUUUUUGUAGGAAAACCCAGGGUUCAUACAUGGUUUGGGAUGACAAUGAGCUAGAGUUGAGCCCUGCUUUCACAAGGUAAAUAUAAACAGUUAGAACAGGAAGUGAGAAAGAUGAUUCCAUUCAAGUAAUAUUAUCUUUAGGACACUCGACUUUGGUGAGUGAUUGAUCAAAAGGAGGGUUUUGUAUAGGAAAAGAGCUCAGUUUGAUAAUGAAAAUUGACCAUGAGAGGGACAGUUGUGAAAAGUUUGAGCCAAUCCUGUCAUGCAUGAGAAUGCCAAGUUGUUCUCAUAAGUUAGUUUGAAAAAAGGAAUAUUUAUAAACAGGAAGGUCCUUUUUAGUGCUAAGUCCUCAAGUUAGUUAGUAGUUGAUAUCUUGUCAGUAUGUGUAAGUUAGAUGAUAUUUUGGUCCAAUCAGUGUGUUUUUCAGGAAGGUGAGAAUGUAUAUGUCAUAUGUUGUUUGAAGGGCCAUAUAGACUCCGAAUAUUUUUUGUUACCUGUUGGAUAUAGCUGUCAAUAAGGAUGCAUUUCAUUAUUGUUUGUUGUUCAAAUAUUGUUUUUAUUCAUUAUGGGUCUAAACUAGUAAAUCAACAGUUAACAGGAAAAUGCAAUUUUGACAAUAAAAAUAUAAUACCAUGGUAUCACUAUAACUGAUGUGAUCAUUUGUUACCUCUUUUUAUCACAGAGAGUCAGAAUUCCUCCUUGAUAGUUUGGCAAGUAAGUUUGACAAAUUUGUAAAAAUUGUACAAAGUUCUCAAGCUGUAAAUUUUUUUCUAAGUGCAACCUGUCACUGAUAGUAUAAUGUGUCAUUUCUUGUAAGGUCAGCUUGUAUAAUCUGUCUCAUUGAAUAUGCUUGGCAGUGUAUACCAAUCCUGAUCACUUCAGUGAUUUUCAAUGAUGAAGUUAAAUAAGUUUGAAUUAGUUUCAUUCAUUAUCUUCUUACUUUUCAACUCUUUUUUUUUUAAUCUUUUGCAGCUAAUCAAGAACCAGGGACUCCUGAACUUCAGAUAUAUGAGAUUCCUUUGGACUCACUUGGCCACCAACGAGUAUACAUAGGAACAAAACGAAUUGUGCCCAAAAGUGAAGAACACAGGGAAGCUGUGAAGUUUACUAAAAACAAGAAGUCAAGAAAGAAGGAUGCACAGUUUCAAGAAAACACUCUGCCAAGGGCAGGGAAAAGGGAUCAUAUUUACAGCUCAGUGAAUGAUGAAGUCAGCAGCGCCCUAAGUGAUGGUAAAAGAGAAUACUUUGCAAGUUAUUGAGUUGUAAAAUUUGAUAGAAACAUCAUAAAAAUGCAUCUAAAAUAUUGACAUGUGUUGUGAUAGCUUUGUACUUGGUUUCAAAGGAAUCCUUAAUUGACUUAAUGAUACUGUUUCCAUUAAUCUGUGUAUUGUAAUGGCAUCUCAAACAAUUAGACAAAAAUGAGGCUCUGUAUUAUGCCUUGACCAUUUAGACACCUAAAAGGUUGUGUGAUUUAUCCUCGUUUAUUUGCUGAAUAUGUUAAAACUCCUAAAACUAAGUUAUCCAUUGAUUCAGACAUCAAACAUUAAUAUAGAAUAAUAUCCCAAAAUUCAUAUUUACAUAAGAAGGCAUUCUCUCGUUGAAUUUUUUAAAUAUAGUUCAGUGUAGCUGACGUUACUGUUUUCACAAUUUUUGUUUAUUCUUUCAAUGAAAUUAGGCCUUCAAAAAGCUCGGCAAUUUUGAGGGAAAUUUUUUAAUCAUUGUUCUUUUAUUUUUAUUCAAAUGGUGAACAUUUCAAUAUUUCAAUAAUUUCAUUGCAGGAGACCUUUUCGAGGGCAGGAAUGUUAAUGGGUGCACCACGCCUCCUGUUAUAUUAUCCUGCCAAACCUUGGGUAAAAGCAGCUCACUGAAACCCAUGUUCAAUGGCCGAUCACCCUCUCCAGAGGAGUUAGAUCUGAAGAUAAGAUCGUUCACACUUGGUUCACGAACAAAGAGUGUAUCAAACAUAUUUCAGAAUAGGCCAUUACCACCUGCUCCUAGUAAACGUUUUUCAAAGAGCCUUGAUCGAUUGCGGUUUUUUGAAAUCUCGCAAAACAGGGGAAAAAGUGGAACGUACCCAUCUCAUCAGAAGUCACCGCCCAUGCGGGCCCAUCCAAUGUUGGUGAAAUCGUCCAGUUUUGGAGGCACAUACAACAAAAUAAUCUGUGGAUCACCGUCAUUGCCACCUGUGCCACCACCACCAAGAAAGGGCUCGAUGGGUUGCAUCGACAAAUUGGCAGCAUAUGAUAUUAGUGAUGCCAGGAAAACUAACCUAUGCCGCAGGCACUCCAAGUCUUUAGACACUCUUCUACUGUUGAGAGAAAUCAACUGGACCGCCUUUGACGUGGACAUUUACCACCCUUAUGAAAGUGUACCGGGUAACCAGGUGGGUGAGAACAACAAUAUUGUGGAACCUUCCUAUGCAAGUGUUAGCAGUGAUGAGAAAUCGUCCCGCAGUGAAAGCAGUGGAAGAGCAAGUUCUCAAAGCAAGGCGAGCACUCGGUCUGCAAGUCCGAUAGAGAGUGACACGCCAGAAGAUGAUGCUGAAGAAGAUCACCCAUACGCAAGUGUCACCGAGGAUAACGAAAGGCCAAAGACGGGAAGCCUAAAUGGGUGGGACCAGCGGUAUUCAAAUCGUGAUAGUGAUGGAAGAGAUAGUGGAGUCUCUUCCGCCAUGCUUGAGCCUGACAGUGAUCCUGCUUCCCCAUAUGCUUCGGUGAGAAUUAGCCAGAUUCCAGGAUUGGUCGCGUCACAGUGUCGCUCCUCAACGGGUGAAGAAAGCAACUAUGGGGAGGUCUUUGAAAAGGAGGAUUCUGGGUCGAGUAUAGGUACUUGCAAGGAUCUUAAAGAAUGUGUUGACUCUAAGCGAUCUAGCACUCAUACUUACUUGGAGCUCAUUCCGGACAGCUGCAGAAACAGUGUGGUAUCGGAAACUAGCUCAGGCUAUGCACGACCAAUAGAUGUUAUUUCAAGUACACCAGACGCGUCCGAUAGUACGGGAUUAGAUAACAAGAAUCGUCAGAGUUUAACUGAUCUUCAGAUCCCCAAUGAGAGAUCUGGCACACUGGAAAGUACUUGCAGUGGCCGUGAUACUCUUCCCUGUGCUUUCAACAACAAGGGGAUUACAUUGAUAGUGGAGGAUAAUUUGCAGAAUCAUGAACGCCGGGACCAAACGGAUGAAUCGCGUGUUGGUCCACGUGAGAAAGAUUCGACAGUGUCAGAAUUGUCGUCCCAGGAACCUCAGGCAAGUGACGUGGUUGAAAAUGUCGAUGGUACUAAAGGAGACCCUGAACAACAGGGUGCAUCCUUAAGUCCAAGUGAACACGUUUAUGAGGAAGCAGACUACGUUCAAAGUCUAAGGAAUCUAGAGAGAUGCAAGCGGUCAGACUCAACGAGCAGCGACACUAUUGUGAACAUUCAAGGAGUUAACUUACGAGGAACUUGUCAUACUGAUGAGUUUGUGGUGUAAGAUCCAUUCUGUCCAUGACAGUUUCAAGCAUUUAACGUUUCAUGAUGUACGUUGUUGAAGUCAAUAGCUCAAAAAGUCGGUGUACAAUAGAAAUUAAUAACAGUUUUUAGACUGUAACACGCAGAAACUCAAAGGCUACAGUUUUUAGGUACUUGUUGAGACGUGGAAACAGUUGGUAUCACAAACGCGAAUCAUUCUCGCAAUGUGUAGGCUGAGUAUCUGUACAGUAAGUGCAAGGAAAAGGCAAGGAGGUGCUCCACUAAAUUAACCUGGGUGAAAAAAGUUUAAACUUGUUUUUUGUAUAGAAAGUAAUAUGCGGCUGGUUCGUAUAUAGGUAGGCUAUACAUCAUUGAGCUGGCCUCAUUGCUGAAUGUGUAUGAUGUGGAGUGUUUCCUGGCCUGUAUUUGUAAUAGCGAUUGGGAUUGAAGAGGGACUUUUUUUAUGCGUAAGUAACGGGUGAGGGAGGAGGGGGCAGGCCCUCUCCUCCAGUCUUCACUCUAAAUAGCAAGCGUGUUAGGUUUUGAGUACGCAUCAGAUAGUCGGAGAAUAUAACUUAGUUGGAAUUACUUUAACUCGAUAUGCAGACACGUACAGAUGUCAGUCUUGAUAUUAUCACUUGUUCUGAGUCUUUUGCAUACAUUCCGUAUCAUAUAACCAGAAUCGAUGGUAAGUCUGUUUUGGCUUUACGGGAUAUGAAUUACAUUUGUUACACAAAAUUGAUAUCAGAGUGCAAAUAUUAUGUGUUAUUUAGUUAGCCUCCAAGAGGUGAUAGAGUCAGUGGACGUUAGUAGCUUUAUCAAAAACGCACUCAGAUGGUAAAAACUGGUCUUAGCCCUUGAAAUGGAGAGACCUUGAGUUUCAAGGUUAGGUAAGGGGAACACAUCAAACUAAAAAUAAUGAAUAAAGCUACUUCAGUAUGAAGAGAGA